AUGUCUCUAACUGCCGUUUUAGCCUCUGGGUUCGCCCUUCGGUUUGCCGUCCCGACGCUUUUGCCGCAUAUUUCACACUCUUUGGCUGCCACUCCUCAAAUCUCCACACCCAUAGACUCAUUUCGGUCCAUUCGAGAAGCAGUGUAUUUUUUGCAAAAUGGCAUGGACGCGUAUGACGGCGGUCUUGUUCACCAUCCACCGCUUCUAGUGGCGAUCUUCCGGGUCCUCAGCGAACUUUUUGGCCCAUGGAGUGAAGUUGCGUUCAACUUUCUUUUCGCUGCGGUCGACGUGGGCGUGGCUAUCAAACUUACAAACUUGAACCGCUGGUACAACCAGCACCAGUCGAAGAAAACUAAAAGUCAAUUCACUGCAUUCAGCGAUGCGUUAGUGGCGUCGUUAUACUUGUUCAAUCCGCUCAUGGUGUUGACUAACUGGGCCCAUUCGACUCAACCAAUAUCGUAUUUCCUAAUUGUGGAACUGAUUGCCCAGGUCUUGGUGGACAAGAACGCUUAUCGCGGAGCCAUAUCGCUCGCAGUAGCCUCCUACCUUUCUUACAGUCCCUUGUACCUUCUUUUCCCCCUUUUGGCUUUGACAUACAUGGCAUCUGGGAGAGGAAGCUGGGGUAGAGAAGUUGUGGUGCAGUGUUCGGCGAUUUUCGUGGCAUCUCUUUCGAUGUUGAUGCUCUUAUCUUUUGCAUUGACGGCGCUGCAAGACUUUGUCUUCCAAUGUUACUGGCCGGUUAUGCUGUUUCUGAAAAUAGCCCCCAACAUGGGUCUUUGGUGGUACCUUUUCACAGAGAUGUUUGACUUUUUCACGCCCUUGUACAAGGGAAUCUUCAACCUCUACAGUUUCGUGUUCAUUGUUCCUCUCACCAUCCGUCUCUAUGAGCCCGCUUCGCUGCCGAAAACAGGAGACUCUUUUUUAGCAAUGGUGUUAUGUUGCUUGUGGGUUUCUUUCACGAAACCAUAUCCAGUGGUUGGUGAUCUAGGAUUCAUCUUGUCCAUGCUUCCGAUUUUCAAAAACACAGUGAUUCCACGCACAAAGUUUUUGCCCUUGACGAUGUUGAUGCUUAUUGUGUGUUUGCUUUUGGCACCUAUUUUCUACUACUGCUGGAUCGUUUUGGGCAACGGAAACAGUAACUUCUUUUACAGCAUGAAUCUUGUGUGGGCUGGCGUACAUGUUUUGCUUUUCUUGGAUCUUAUCUGGGGCCGCUUGGUGUACGACUAUGUCCAGAUAAACCAAGUCAAGGACACUGAAAGUAUUCGUUUGACACAAAUGUAG